AUGCACGCCCCAACCCCCCUCUUCCUCCUCUCCCUCCUCCCCUUCGCCCACGCCGCCGACACCACCCUAGGCAUCUACGUCUUCCACCGCCACGGCGACCGCACCUCCAAAGCCUGGACGCCCACCCACCUCACCGACCUGGGCUACACCCAAGUCCACGCUGCCGGGUCCUACUUCCGCACCAAAUACAUCACCGAUGCCACCACAGGGAUCUCCGGCAUGGCGCCGUCCAAAGUGAACCUCGCCCAGCUCUCCGUCGAAGCCCCCGUCGACACCGUCCUCCAAGUCUCUGCACAGGGCUUCACCCAGGCCCUCUACCCCCCCGUCGGCCCAGAGCUGAACACCCAGACCCUCGCCAACGGCACUAAGAUCGAAGCCCCCCUAGACGGCUACCAGCUCAUCCCCGUCAACGUCGCCACCUCAGCCUCCAAACCCACCGCCGACUCCGAGAACUCCCCCUGGCUCCAAGGCGCCAGCGGCUGCCCCGCCGCCCUCACCUCUUCAAACGAGUACCUCUCGUCCGCCGAGUUCGCGGCACUAGACAAGAAGACGCGCGCCUUCUACGCCGCGCUCGCCCCCGUCGUCGCGAGCACAUUCGACAAGGACUACCUCACCUUCAAGAACGCCUACUCCAUCUACGACUACAUCCAUGUCGCCGCCAUCAACAACGCCACCAUCCCCUCCUCUUCCCUCCUCACCAAGGACGUGCUCAGCCAACUCCGCACCCUAGCAGACGCCCACGAAUUCGGCCUCGCCUUCAACGCCUCCUCCCCCAUCCGCGCCAUCAGCGGCGCCACCCUCGCCGCGCAGGUGCUGGAGCACCUCAACGCCACGCUGGCGUCGAAGGGGAAGACGAAGCUGGGGAUCCAGUUCGGCGCUUACGGUACCUUCCUCUCUUUCUUUGGGCUGGCGCAGUUGCCGGCUGCGAACGAGGAUUUCAUGGGUGUUGUGGAUUAUGCUUCUUCUAUGACGUUUGAGAUGUUCACCUCCAAGACUGUUGCGGCGGGCUCUUUCCCGGCGGAGGAGGAUAUUAGCGUUAGGUUCUUGGCGAGCAAUGGAUCGGCUGCGUAUGUUGGGCAGACGGCAUACCCGCUAUUCAGACAGAAGGAGACGGUGUUGCCGUACAAGACCUUUGUGAGCGAGAUGCGGAAGUUCGCUGUUGGUGACCAAGAGACCUGGUGCAAGUCCUGCGGCAAGACCGAUGGCGCGUGCGCGGAGUUCUCUACCUCAUCAUCGACCGAUGGCGUCGCCGACGCAUCGUCGAGUGAUGGGAAGAGUGGAAGUGGAAGUGGUGGGCCAGUUUCUCUGCCUGUUGCGGGGGUCAUUGGGGCGCUGGUUACGUUGGCUGUUAUUUUGGGGCUGCAGGCGCUGGUGAUGGUUGCGGGGGAGUUGAGGGUGGUUAGCAAGAGGAGUCUUGGUGGUGGGGGUGGGGAGACGAGGGAGUUGAAGGUUUAG